GUGACUUCAAUCCAUCAUGGCGGAACAAGUCGUACGCAAAACUUGAAUGAAGCAGAAAAUUUAUUAUAACUCACCAGUGCAAUAUACUUUAGAGAUCUGCAUGGGCUUUAUCCAUCGCAGAUGAUGAAUUAUAUGAUCAGGAAGCUCAGCAUGAAGACACCAGUAUGAGUUUCCCUGACUACAGUCAGAAAGCAGAGGACCACCAGUCCAUACUGAUACUGGUUAAACUGGUCGGUGCUGAAUUAAAACCCAAGUCUUUUGGUCGUGUCUAUGACAGGAUCAGUCGUGUAGAGUGUGUACAUGUCCCGAACCAGCAAAGGACAGUUUGGAUGCGCUAUAAGAGCCAAUAUCCAAUAGAGAAUAAUGAGUGGGGUGAUUUUCAGGCACACCGAAAGGUUCUGGGUCUGCUUUGUAUUGGGAAAGCAAGAACCACCGAGGAAAUGGAGGAUAUUUACCAAACCUACGAGGACGAAAAAACCGCAUACAGUUCCACAAUGUAUGACUCCAGACUUGUUGUCUUUGGGAUGAACACAGAUGGUUCUCCCAGCAUGCAACAGUCUGACCCCAGUGACCCCACACUGCUGACAUCUGUUGGUGGGGAGGGGAGUGAUAAACAGGGAUCUACUAGUACUAAUACCGUGGCAGCUGAAACUAAAGACGCCAAUAGCGAAUCGGACAAAGAAAAUGCUCACACUCCUGAUGGAGAUCUCGAAAUUAAGAGUGGAGAUCUUGAGACUAGAAAUGGAGAUCUUGUAACUAAAGCUGGGGAACUUGAAAUUAAAGAUGGAGAUCUCAAAACAAAAAAUGGCGAUAUUCAAAUAAAGGACCCUUUACGAUAUGAACCAGAAGAGACGACUGCGAUAUCAAAAAUUGACUCCAUUAGUGAAAAAUUAGUCAAAUCAGACGUAAAUUCCUCGGAAAAGAUGGAGGAAAAGAAAUCGGGUAUGGUACCCGGUGGUCAGUUGGCGGUCAAGAAAGGUCAGCCAAACAGUGACUCUCCCUUACAGCAGAAAAAACAGGGUCACCUAUCACCCAGUGGUCAGUCUACUCCGGCCAGUGGGUCACCGUCAGGGUCAAGACGGAGUAGCAGCAGGGGGAAGGACCCCAAGUCACAUAUAUGGUUCUACGCUGAUAUUGACAAGUGUCCAGAUUUGGAGGAAAAGGUGAAGGAAUUUGUAAUGACCUUGUUCUGGGUUUUGGAGGGGAAAAGGCUCGACAGGUCCUUCGAAAAGAAGAUGCAGCUGAUCUCCGCGCCGUUUGAAAAGAAGGACAUGGUGGGAGUGGACGUGGAAAACAAGGUGUAUCGUAAACGGUGUCAGGGACGGCUGAGGAAGCACCUGGGUGAUCUGUGUCUGUUGGCGGGUGUCCCCGGGGAGGCCAUCCUCCACUACAGCACUGCCCUGGACAUCCUCAAGUCUGCCAAUGACUGGCUGUGGCUGGCAGCUGCCUAUGAGGGCCUGUGUUCUGCCUCAGUGAUCAUCAUGUACCCCAGAGAGGAGAGACAAAGUUUUCAGAGGAAUUAUUCCUGGUCCACUAAGAGGGGCAGCUCUAUGAUGCAGGAGGCAAAACAAAGAAGUAGCGCCCAACAGAAUCGUAAUCAGAAUGGCCUUGACCUUGCCAGAGUGAGAAUCAAAAACUGUCUUAUGGGGGAUGAUAUCAUUGAAAAAUACAAGGAGGCGAUUAUGCACUACAGCAAGUUCAAGAAUGUGGGUAUUGUUGAGAUGGAAGCCAGUAUUAAAGCCUGCAGAGUGCUGAUCAUGCAAGGGAAAAAUCUGCAGGCUUCAGAGUUUCUUCAGAAUGUGGUGUAUAUAAACCUACAGAUGUCAGAGGAAGAAAAGGUCCUCCGGUACAGUACCCUGGCCAAUCUAUACGAACAAAUCAAUUUCCACAGAAAGGCAGCCUUCUUCAAGCGAGUUGCUGCCAUGCAGAGUGUCGCUCCGACCGUGCCAAAUCCUUCGUGGGAACGCUGUCAUCAGCUUCUGAUGCAGUCUUUGAAAGGAUACAGUAUUACAUUGGACUACAGAGAGAGGGUCCAAGGAGAGGCUGUGGGAUGGCCUAUCGUUCAGUCCCGGGUACUGCAUGAGGUGGUGUACUGCGCCAGGAAACUGGGGAAUGUGCCUCUGAUUAUAAGGUACAGGAGGGGGAGAUACAGGGUGGGCCAGAAAACUGGGGAAUGUGCCUCUGAUUAUAAGGUACAGGAGGGGGGAGAUACAGGGUGGGCCAGAAAACUGGGGAAUGUGCCUCUGAUUAUAAGAGUCAUGAAACUAAUGAAUCUCCCGCUCCACCUGCGCCCUGUGGCCAUCAAGUCCAGGCUGACCCCGGAUAGAGAGCAGUCUCCUAGUCCUUUCAUCUACUCCCCCUUACAGUUCUCUGCGCCCAUGGGCAGAGUCAGGAAGGACAGGUCUAAAAUGGACUUCCAGUGGGUGAUGGACGAUGUGUGUGAGGUGGCUCUCCAGGUGUUCAACCCCAUGCCAUAUGAACUGAAGGUGUCCAAUGUGGCCCUGCUGACGGAUGGAGUGGACUUUGUCUCCCACCCGUCCAGCAUGUCCCUCCAGGCCAAUUCUGGCCCCUAUGUGGUCAAGGUACUGGGGACACCCAAGGGUGCUGGACAGUUAAAUAUCAUUGGCUAUACAACCACUGUACUGGGAGUGAGAAACAACUGUAAACUACGCGACAUACCGAGGAUACGCGAGGCCCAGUACACCGUGGAGGUUAUUCCGCCAUUGCCCCAAUUACAGGUCACGACCUCGGUGCCAAGGUCGCGGAGCUACAGCAAUCUGGAUGAGAUUCUGAAGAAAGAGAGUGCAAUAUUGACUGUUUUCGCAGGUGAAAGUUUUGAGUGUCAAGUGAUGCUGACAAACACUGGUAGUUACCCCAUAGAGGUGGUAGAGCUGGCACUUGACUCCAAGGGGAAAGAUAAAGGUUAG